AUGAGACCACAGCCUUACCGCUUUACCUGGUUGAGGAUAUCGAUCUGCAACGUCCGAUCUCAACUAAUGAGUAGAGGAUUUGCUAGUCAUUAUCCACUUUCGACGCUGGCCCCGGGCGGGAUGAAGACGUCGCCGCCGCCGAAGGCAUUUAAUUUGCUGCGCCUCAAAGUGCGCUCAAUCCUCUACCACAGACAAUGGAUAUUGGCUACGUCACAUUGCGGCUCUUAUAUCUGCAAGGAAAACUAA